AUGCUACGCGGACUGUGGGGGUGUAUUAUUGCUGCUCUGUGUGCUGUGGUUGUUGGUACUGGUUUCUACGAGGGUGCGAGGGAUGUUGUGGAACUAACGGCGAAGGACUUCGAUAAAGUGGUCCAUGGGUCGAACUACACUUCACUCGUCGAGUUCUACGCGCCCUGGUGUGGUCACUGUCAGCGGAUGAAGCCCUCCGUGGAGAAGGCCGCUCGGCGGCUUGCUGGGGUCGCACAGGUCGCCGCUGUCAAUUGCGACUUGAACAAGAACAGGGGACUGUGCAGGGAGUACAACGUCGAGGGGUACCCGACGGUGAUGCUGUUCAAGCCUCCACGGGUGCCACUAGCGAGGAACGCGAGUGAGAACCGCGCGGGAGACAGCGGGGCCAAGACCCCGCGGCUGUCACGGCACGUCCACGAGGUGUAUAACGGUGCAAGACGGUCCAGUGCAAUGGUGAACUACGUUCUGGCGCGGUUGAAGAACUACGUGCGUCGUGCUGGCCGUUUGGAACGGUUUGGUGCUGUGUUGAGGGACCGUAUGCGGCCCUGCAUUCUUCUUCUGUCCAAAGACGAGAAGUCUCCACCACUGUACAAGGCGAUGGCACUCGAUUGGCUCGAGAGAGUUGACUUCUACGCUGUGCACAACCGUCGGUGGACGAAACAGAUUGCCAGUAACAGCAACAGCAGCUCUGAGUUCCCGCAAUUGUACCCUGCCACGGUGGAAGAACUAAACAACAAGAUCCUUCCGCAGUUACAAGACUCGAACUACACGACAAGCAUACUGCUUGCGUUCCAUCCGGAGACAGAUACCGUUGUGGAGUACCCAGCCUCGCAACCUCUGACGAAACCACUCGUUGCACAGUUCAUCAGGGACCAAUUCGACGGCAUUUUGCCCCAGGAGGGGCCCCUGAGCGACCGCCAACGGUGGCUGGACAAACUCAGGGAGGCACCCAAGGACAGGGGACGCCCGAAGGCCAAGAGACCAGCCGUACACGACGAGUUGUAG